CAGUUCAAUUGGACGGUGGAUCAUUGGGAGAAAGUCAGUGUUUCACUGAACACCGCCUGUGUCAUUCUGUGGCUUCUUUGAGGACGGAUUGAUAUCGUGCCAGUUGAUGGAGAAAUAUUUCAGACCUUUACGUACUCAUCAGGACACCAAAGGCGUCAAAGGUCAUAAGCCUGAAAUGUGUGACCAUCAAGAGAAAGACCGCAAGCAUGGAAAGAAUGCAAACUCAAAAAUUCCACAGAUGAAGCACCAUCACCAGAAUCAAGGCCAUCAUCAUCGGCAAAAGUCACAUCAGUCAGAUGAUAAUGACAGCCAUGACACCCAUUCCACAGCGGACGACAGCCUUUUCAGUGAUCUUCCCUCCGGCCAUCAGCAUCAGCAUGAUGAAGACAAGACUCAUCAUCCUCACUCUCACCAUUACCAUCGCAAACAAAACCAUCGCCACGUUUCUCUCUCAGAAGCUCCCUCGAGUUCCUCAACUGCUUCCUCUUCAUCCUCCUCUUCUUCUCAUUCUACUUCAUCCUCAUCAGUAUCCUCCUCCUCCUCCUCCUCCUCCCCCUCUUCUUCCUCUUCCUCCUCCUCCUCAUCUUCAUUUUCUUCCUCCUCUUCAACAUCUUCCUCUAGCCUGUCCUCAAACUCCAGCAGUGACUGUUCAGAUAGACAUCCCCUUAAGAAGGCUCAGCAUUCGCAGUCCUGUACUGACAUUUCUGGGAAACACAAGCACUUUGAGGAGGAAGACGACACGGUCCCUUUGAUAGAUAAAAGAGGUUAUCAAAACAGGCUCUCUGCUAAACAGAAACAGGAGAAAGGUAAGUCCUCUCACAGCGGCCCCACCAAGGGAACCAAGAACCGGGCUACAAGAGGCUCAGGAUAUGAUGGAAGUGUCCGCAAAAGCAAAUCAAUGGAGGCUCUCACUGGACCCAAAGAAAAAGACUGGCAUGAAAAUGAAGAUGAAAAUGAACAGGAGAGGAGAAAAAGUGAAGCCAAGAAGAAUUUAAUGAAGGAGAAAAUGAAGUUCUCUGCCUUCCUUAAUGAGAUCACUCGGCAGGUGCUCAGCCCGAUGAGACUCACCACUCUUGGGGUUACAGAUGCUCAAAGACCCUGCAGUCCAGGGCAAGCCUCUGUUCGAUCCAGUAAGGGAGACAGCAGCACUGAGAAACACAGUCAGCCGAGGAGUCGGCACGACACUGCAGAAUCAGUUUGCUCCAGCAAGUACUCUCAUACCAGCAAGGACUCUUCUCAGCCUUCUCACUCUAAAUCUUCUCACCAGCGUCAACGUCACCGUUCUACAGGCUCACCCCAUCGCACGGGUCACAGAAGCUGCACCGAUGUUCGUUGUUUGAAAAGAAGUCAAUCAUGGUCUCAAGCCUCUCAGCAUCGCUCCCAUUCGCCCUCUUACGAGCACAACCACCAUCGUCACCAAGGAGACGAUCAUGCUUCUAGUCAUCAUCAUCUCCAUGGUGAUCGCAACAGCCCAUGUUAUAACCAUCAUCACAGAGACCAUCACAACACAAGUCAUCACCAUCACCACGGACACCACCACAGUCCUCUCUAUCAUCAUGGUGACCACCACAACAAGUCUCAUCACCACAGAGACCACAAAGACACAUCCUAUCACUAUUACCAUGGAGACCAUCAUCAUGGAGACCACCGUCACCAUGGCAGCCAUCAUAGCCCCUCUCAUCAUCGUCACCAUGAAGACCACCACAUCACAACUCCUCGUAAAGGUCACCACACUCCAACACAUUACUAUGAAGAACAUCACAGUUCAGGUCACCGCCGCCAUAGCGACCACCCAACCAUUGAACGCCCAACUACCCCACGUCACCAUGGACGCCAGAGCCUAACCAGUGACACAAUUUAUCAUCACCAUGGUGACCACCACAGUGAACCUCAUCAUCAUCAUUAUCAUCAUCAUAGAGACCACCACAGUGAACCUCAUCAUCAUCAUCAUCAUAGACACCAUCACCAAAUUCCAGGCCAUCACCAUCACUAUGGAAAUAAACACAAUGAAUCUCAGCAGCAUCACCAUGGAGACCACCACAGUGAAUUGCAUCACCAUCAACACGGAGAACAUCACAAUUCAGGCCAUCAGCACCACUGUGAUGAACACCACAGUGAAUCCCAUCACCAUCACCAUGGAGACCACCAUAGUCCAAGCCAUCAGCACCACCAUGAUGACCACCACAGUCAAGGCCAUCAGCACCAGCACCACCAUGGAGACCACCAUGGUGAAUCGCAUCACCAUCACCAUGGAGACCAUCAUAGCCCAGGCCAUCAGCACCACCAUGAUGGCCACCACAGUUCAGGCCAUCAGCACCACCAUGAUGGCCACCACAGUUCAGGCCAUCAGCAUCACCAUGGAGACCACCAUAGUUCAGCCCAUGAACAUCAACAUGGAGACCACCACAGUACAGGCCAUCAGCACCACCAUGGAGAUCACCACAGUCCAGGCCAUCAACAUCAACAUGAAAACCACCAUGGUUCAGGCCAUCAGCAUCACCAUAGUCCAGGCCAUCAGCACCACCAUGAUGACCACCACAGUCCAGGCCAUCAGCACCACCAUGAUGACCAUCACAGUACAGGCCAUCAGCACCACCAUGAUGACCACCACAGUCCAGGCCAUCAGCAUCAACAUGAAGACCACCAUAGUCCAGGCCAUCAGCAUCACCAUAGUCCAGGCCAUCAGCACCACCAUGAUGACCACCACAGUCCAGGCCAUCAGCACCACCAUGAUGACCACCACAGUCCAGGCCAUCAGCACCAUCAUGGUGACCACCACAGUCCGAGCCAUCAACAUGGAGAUUCACAUCACAAUCAGCCCCACACCAAAAAUAAUAAUCUUGGCCAUGACGGCCACCAUGCUGGCAGUCCCCCUUUACCCAAGAAGUUGGAGUCUCUUUCCAGCAAAGCAAAUUCUUCCAGGAACACUAGCAGCCCCUCUAGCCAGGAUGAGGAACAGACAAGCUUUAUUGGCCCAUCAUCAGAUAAAGAAAAGCCACAUGAACUAGGUAGGAUCAUGGUACUACAGGAGCAGAAUGAAGGUCUGCAUCAAACUUUGCUGAAGACAGCAGUGAGGAUGGAGUGUUUAGGAGAGGAAUUCAUGAGCAAUCAAAAGCUUCUGGAGGCAGAGCUUCAGAGGACACGUAUGGAGCUUAGCAGCCUCACAGAGAGGUUUGGGAGAUUACAUGACAACUGCUCCUCCACACAGCAGACUAAUAGUCUUCUAGAGCAAAGGCUUCACUCAGUGGCUCAGAGUAUGGAAGGAGAACGUGAGAGGUUGAACCGACGUAUUUCGGCACUGACGAAGCAGCUUGCUGAUGCAAAAUACGCCAACAGUGUGGAAACAUUCAAUGUAACAUCAGUGCUACACAAAACUGAGCUCCAUUUUCAGACAGAUGAUGCCAUGAAUCAGGUGGUUCCUCCCAUCGCCCCCCCUCCGGCUGAGUUCAUGGACAAUCAUACCUAUGAGAAGGCCAAAGCAGGUGGGCAGGAGCAACCUCUGGGGUCAGUCCCAGAGGAGGAGGAGUCUGACUGGUCUGAGCUGGGAGACGAGACCCCACGAUUUAUACUGACAGGAUCAAACAGAGUUCCAGUGUGGAGACACCGGGAAGCAGAUGACAAAGACAGUGAGUCAGGGGGUGAGGAGAUCCUCAGACGACACUACCCCCGCCCACUGCAGAUACCUCAUCUCCAAUUCACCAUGCACAAUGAGAAUCUGUCUGACGGCACGGCGGGUGAGGACACUUUCAGGAUCUCCACAAGUCCAAAUCAUGGCUCUGCCAUCCUGAUCCGGUCAGCCAGCCUGGAGGAAAUCCCUCUGGCUCGCCAUCACAUGCAGAAGGAGCUAAGAGGUACAGAGGCCAUGAUGGACCUCCACCACCAAGGGGGCGAAGCUACUGGGGAUUUAGAUAAUGAGAUCAUUCAUCACUGGAGAACGAACAAUGACAGGGAUGCAGCUAUGGUGAGGCUGAGCAGGACGUCAGAGGCAGAUAGCAGCCUGACUGGCCUGCAGUCAGCUGAGCGGAUGUUCAACCACUUCAUGUGUGGAGCGCAGCCCGCUGAAGGACAGGGUCAGGGCAGGGCUGAGGUGCACAGCUGGACAGGAGGGAUUCCAGAUGAGUUGUUGAAAGGGGAGCGAACACAGCUGUGACAGAAACAUGGAUGCACUGUUCGCUGCAUCUGAAACUUUAAUCUUUAUUUAUUAGGAAAAGUUAAAUGAGCCUCUUCUUCAGCGGCUCAGUGGUUCAGCCCCUCUAAUUAACAUGUGGCUCGAGGAGACUCAACCUUUGAAUUUUCUUUCCCCGUCUUUAAUUAACACUCUUCAGACGGCACAUUGUUCUCCCUCAUUUGUUUCUUAAUAAAAAUCUACACUUAAUUAAAUAAUCACAUUGUAUACAUUACUUUACACUUUUAACUGCUUAGACAUGGUCAUUAAAUAGUGAAAUAUGUAUUUUUGGUUGUAUACAUGCAGAUAUAGGCUUUUCCUCUUCUUAUUCUGUUUGCUUUAUUGCAUGAAACACUAUGUAUUCAUAUAAGAUGUACUUCUUGUGUAGGUAGCCAAAGUUAUGCACCACUGAAUGCAUUGCUUCAUGCUAUGUACUACAAGUGUUAAUCACUAUCUAAUAGUCUUACUAGGUAUGUAUUAUAUGACAUAAUGUAUACUUACAAAUACAGUUGUGGAAUAGUUUAAAAUAUGUGUAUGUGCAAAAAAAUGUCCUGUCUUUGUGCAAAAUAUUUAUUUCCUGUGGUUAUAAUAAUUAAACGACAGAAAGAAAAGCUUGCAAUUGAACACAUUUCACAAGCUUGUGUAAAUGUCAUCCAUGUAACUCUGUCCAUGUAACAUCUAAUAAACCAAAUGUAACAAUGAAACAAA